ACAAAUUUUAGCAAUAUGGAAGAUGGGAGAACUUAUUUGGGUGACAUAAUAAUAGUUAAUAAUAUGAUUGAAAUGUUACACUUUUUUCUAUGUUUGUGUUGAUUGUCGUGUUUGCUAUCAUUUAAGAAUGUCACGUCAUCGUAACGUUCGUUCUAUGAAUUAUGAUGAAGAAUAUGAAGGCUACUAUGAUGUGUAUGGACAUUCAGUUGAAGAUGACUAUUGUGUUUCUCCCAGCACAGAAGCAGAAUUCCUGUUUGACCGAACUGCUCAGAAGCAUUCGAUAUCUGCAUAUUUUUCAUCUCCAACUGAAGAAACAUUACCUGAAGAGGAGGAAGAAGAAGAUGGUAGUUUUAGCAGCUCGCAGAUGAAUGUUUCUACUAGCCAUUUAAACUUGAGUCAAGCUAAACAAGAACAACUAAACAGUUGUGUGGAGGAAAUGCAGAGUGUUGUAGGAGAGACAGUUUCUGAGUCGACAUUGAGAACUGCUGCUAUGGAACAUAACUUUAAUGUUGAGAAGGCUUUGGAUGCUGUUCUUAAUACCAAUGGUUUUUCAACAUCUUCUACACAACCUAAACCUCAACGGAAUUGGCGUGAAUGCAGAUACAGACAAGGUGUUCAUCUCAAAAAAAAUUUGGUAUCAGAAAAGCCAGAGUAUGUUGAUGUGGAAAAUUCUGUCAGUGAACUCGCAUUUGAAACCUGUGAAGAGCCAACAGCUGUUGGUUCUGAAGGAGGUAUGUCUAGGUCCAGAAUUGAAGAGAAUGAUACAAAAAAAGAAAAGGAUAAUGCUAGAUUAAAACUUGAACAGUCAGGCAAGAAAGGUGUUUCACCUACAAGAGAUUGCAGUGUCACUCCAUCCAAAAAGUCCUCUUCACCAGAAGCAAACAGUAGUCAGUUGGUUGAAAAGAGCAGACCUAUUGAGAAUUGUGGAAUAGUGGUUGAAGCUAUUACUCCUAAACCUUAUGGAAAAUCUAAAGCAGUAGAAAGAGACUCUGAGGCUGAAUAUAUGAAAGAAAGAGGUCAGAAUAAGCCUUUAAUUAACCUGGUAGUGAUUGGCCAUGUAGAUGCUGGAAAAAGUACACUAAUGGGACACUUAUUGUACAAAUUAGGCCAUGUUGCUAAGAAAGCCAUGCACAAAUUUGAACAGGAUUCUAAAAAACUUGGUAAAGCCUCCUUCGUGUAUGCUUGGGUGUUAGAUGAAACAGAAGAGGAAAGAAAUCGUGGCAUAACAAUGGAUGUUGCACAGUCAAAAUUUGAAACACCAGCUCGUUUUGUCACGUUGCUUGAUGCACCUGGUCACAAAGACUUCAUUCCCAACAUGAUAUCAGGUGCUUCUCAAGCUGAUGUUGCAAUACUCGUAGUGGAUGCCACUAGGGGAGAAUUUGAGACGGGUUUUGAGACUGGAGGACAGACUAGAGAACAUACUUUGUUAAUUCGGUCUUUAGGGGUCUCACAGCUAGCAGUUGCUAUCAACAAAUUAGAUAAUGUGAAUUGGUCUCAGGAUCGAUACAAUUUUAUUGAAACUAAACUAGGAGGAUUUCUAAAACAAGCAGGAUUUAGGGAAACAGAUGUGACAUAUGUCCCGUGUAGUGGAUUAACUGGUGAAAACCUAACUGAGCCAGCCAAGCAAGAUAAGUUAGCAGCAUGGUAUAAAGGACCUUGUCUUGUAGAAGUCAUUGACUUGUUCAAGCCUCCACAGCGUUCUGUGUCUAAGCCACUACGUAUCUGUAUCAAUGAUAUCUUCAAGGGCAUUAGCUCAGGUUUUUGUGUGGCUGGAAAAAUCGAAUCUGGACAUCUUAAGAAUGGAGACAAGGUUCUGGUCACUCCAGCAGGGGAACUAGCUGUUAUUAAAGGUGUCACGGUUGAUGACUUCCCAGUGACUCAGGGUUUUGCAGGAGACCAUGUGGUGGUAACAGUGUCAGGUAUUGACAUCAAUAAUGUGACUGUUGGUAGUGUUCUCUGUGAUCCUAACCAACCAGCCAGAGCAGCCAGUAGGUUUCAAGCCAGAGUGGUGAUUUUUAACAUUAAGAUUCCUGUCACCAAAGGCUUUCCUGUUAUCCUUCACUACCAGAAUCUUGUUGAACAGGCUGUAAUACGUAAGCUCAUCUCUCAACUGCAUAGGAAUACAGGACAAGUCAUAAAGAAUAAACCAAGAUGUUUGACCCAGAAUAGCAGUGGUGUUGUUGAAAUUGAAGUAAAUCGACCCAUAUGUGUAGAGCUUUAUAAAGACUUCAGGGAGCUUGGACGGUUCAUGUUGCGUUCUGGGGGAUCAACAAUUGCUGCAGGCCUAGUGACAGAGAUCUUGUAACAGAUGGUACUACUGGAUCCCAGACUAGUGAAUAAUUUUCUACCUAUUUUUUAGUGAAUUUGGACAAAGUGUAUUGGACAAAGACCUUUUUUUCGGCUGUCCUUGAAUGUUCAGUUUGUGCCCUCAUAUUACUGGUAUAAGCAUGUAAAGAUAAAAAGUUGGCUCUGUAUAAAAUGGUGAAAGGACAUGUCCCUAAUGAAUUUCUGAGUUUUUGAUUGGAAAAAAAAAGUGAAUAUGCUAUAUGAGUAAAUAAAAUUUUGAGCAUGAUA